AUGUCAUUCACUCAAGAGGAGCUUAAUAGACUAGAUCAACCCACUGCGUCACAAUUUGUAAGACAACAAUCUAUUUCUUAUUCUCAUAAAUCCCCUAUCCAUCAAGUGCUUUCACUACGACCCUAUCAGAGUUAUGUAACUAGAACGAUUGGCCGGAAGCCAAAUACUCUUGAACAAAACCUUGUGCCAAAUUGGGUUCGCAUCGCUGAAUUA